AUGUCGUAUGAAUUAAAUGCGAUAUCAAAAUUGGUAAUUGAGGCACUGGAUAAUUUUACUAAGACGGUAGAUCAAGUGGAAGAAUUCCAGUCGGGGGAUCAAGAAACUCAAAUUCAAGAUUACAUUGAUAAGACGCAUACUGUAUUAGAGAAUGCCCAAACCUUGACUAUCCAAAUUGAGCGGAAAAAAGUGGGACUGCAACAACCUAUGGCUGCUCAAGAACCUGCUAUUACAGAACUUUCUUCUGCUAAGGUCGAGUUGCCAGCAAUCCCCAUUCCCAUAUUCAGUGGCAAAAUUAGCGAAUUUGAGAAUUUUUGGGCACUUUUCAGUGCGAAUGUUCAUAACCAAAAACUUUCAAAUUUGCAAAAAUUCAACUAUCUUUUGCGCGCUUUGAGGGGCGACGCAAGAGAGGUAAUUAAGCGAUACCAGGUAACAGAAGAAAACUAUAAUGCCGCGGUAGAUGCCCUACAUUCAAAAUUCGGGGAUAGAUCAAAAGUCAUCUAUGAGCUUCAAGUGCGAUUAGAAAGAGUUACUGCAAGAAGCCCAUUAAUUAGCGACCAACGAAAAUUGUUGGAAAAUUUACUUGCAACAACUACACAACUAGAACAAAAAAGAGUAUACCUAAACGGUUCCUAUAUUGUCCAAAGAGUCCUAUCUAAAUUCCGUCAGGAUCUCCAAAGGAGGGUCCUGAAAGAUCAAAUAGAGAGUGACUACUCGGAACAGGAAUGGUCUAUGAGUAAGCUUCUAUUUGAUCGAGACAGAAUAAUAAGUGCAGAAGAGAAAAUAAAUGAGAUGUUACAUGCUAAUAAGGUUUUUCGAGGUAGGGAAAAACCUAACAUAGGGCAAAAAGGCUUCGAAAAUACUCCCACUCGCUUCACAGCAUGCAUCUACUGUGAUUCACCCAAUCAUAAUUCGCUAAAGUGCCUUAAAAUUAGCUCUAUUCAAGCGCGUACCGACUUUCUGAUAAGAAACAGAAGAUUUCUCAAUUGUACAAAGUCUAAUCAUUUUUUGAAACAAUGCCUCAGUAAAGGAUGUAGCAUGUGCGAAGACAAGAAGCAUCACUUUUCUAUUUGUUCAAAACGGAUAAGCAAGGACAACGCUACCGCACAACAAAAACGAGAUGGCCCAGUUGGAAUCCCACCCACCAUUAAACGUGGGAAGCAAGACAAAGGUAAAACUCCACAGCGGCAAAAUUGCGCUGUGACUUCAGAUACCCAAAUUUUGCCUGAAACGGAUGACCGCGAGAUACCAUUGUUGUGUGUAUCAAAUACAGAGCUCACUUCAAGGCAAAAUAAAGGCCUCUUAUUGACAGGACUUGCGAAAGUGCGAAAUAAGAAGUCAGGAAACCUUCAAGAUAUUGGAAUUCUUUUGGAUACAGGAGUUGAUAGGUCGUUUAUUCAGGGGCAACUGGCGGAUGAUUUAGAGUUGCUAAUAACGAACAAAGUGGAUUUAUCAGUCUACACAUUCGGAGAUAAAUCUCCAAAAAGGCAAAAAUAUGACGUUACCCCUCUCCAAAUUUGGGAUGCCUUAGGAGAUAGUCAUACUUUCCACUUAUGUAAAACCGAUGUCAUUACGGAAAAGGCUAAACAAGUUCAAUUUACAUCAGAAGACGUAGAGUACUUGCAGAAGAAAAACAUUAAGUUGUCCAAAAAGGAACAUACGUCUGUAAACCCUCAAGUAUUACUAGGUUGCGAUCAACUCUGGCCUCUAUUGUCCACAACUAACCCUCAGCAUAUAUUACCAUCAGGUUUAAUGGUGAUCCCUUCUAAAUUGGGGCAUCUGCUGAGCGGACGACAAGAACGAAGCAGCGAAAAAAAGUACUCACUGUGA